CGGAGUCGAACACACGCACCGCCAGGCGCAGGCGGGGAUUCCGAGCACUUCAGCGCACACUUAAACAGAGUGAGGAGUGCUCUCUGGACUCUGCUCUCUCACACACACACCGCUGGAGCACACGACGACUUCUUACGGACACGGUACCAGAACCCUUGGUGUCAGAAGACGAAGCGCGGUUUUUCCACACGCAGGUUCUUGUGGGGCCCGGUGUGAGAGCACAAGAGCAGAACGACAACACGCAGCCUCUGGGACCUCGUGACAGACAUUCAAAGUAUUCAGCGGCAUGGAACGCUUCACCAGGGGAGUGAAGAGGGUUUGCUGACUCCUCCCCGGCUGUGAGUUUACACUCAAAAACUUGGCUUGUCACAGGAACACAGAAAGGAAUUCCGUCCAGAUCCCUGUGUGAUGGAAUUUGUACCUUCAGUUUGUAAAACUUAAAAAGGAGGAAGUAUCAGGUACCUCUUUAGGAAUUAGGGCUAUCUAUGGCACAACGAUCAAGAAGACAUUUUCAGUAGUUGUCAACAACCACACAAGGGGUGCCUACUAUUGAACAUGACUCAUGGGGAGGAACCUGGCCCUGAGACACACCAGGAUUCUGCUGUUUUAACGUAUCUGGAAGGUUUACUAAUGCAUCCGGUUGCAUCUGGGCCUGGUGCCACGGCAACAAGGAGACUGGAGGCUGGCAGCAACAAUGGCGAGGCAGGAAACCAAGAGACCAGAGGCAUUCAGCUACCGAAUCACGGCUCUAGCCCACCAGAAAAAGGAAGCCCUCCAGGAGCGUCCUCCCAGCACCUUAAAAAGGCCAGACUGUUGCGUUCAGGAACCUGGAGUGAGCGAGACAACCAGAAAAAAGACCCUGUUGCAGUGCAGGUAAAUGGACAGGACAAAGGGCACCAUAAAAUAAGUCUGGAUAAUUCGGCACAGGGAGAGAGCACACUGCUGGCCUCUCUGCUCCAGUCCUUCAGCUCACGACUGCAGACAGUAGCCAUGUCACAGAGCCACAAGCAGCUAGAUGGAGAGAGCAGCGACAGAUCCCCUACUGAUAAGGACACUUUGCAGGGGUACUGUACAGCCUCUAGCCGCCUCAAAGGCCUGAUGAGGAAAAACAAGCAACAGAGCCACAACAUUGUGCCUUACAGUCGGCGCAACAGCCAAGACCGACGUUCAGAGUCUCCUCGUUCGUCACAGAGCUCGGUGCCUGAUGGAGUAUCCUGUGCGGAGAGGUUAAAGGCUGUGGCCAGUCUAGUAAAGAGCAGGUCCAGUCCUGCUCCUUCUCCUAAACCCAGUGUGGCCUGCAGUCAGUUAGCAUUGCUGCUCUCGAGUGAAGCCCAUCUGCAGCAAUAUUCCCAAGAACAGGCCUUAAAAGCACAAUUAUGUGGCCGAUCAGCCAGUGAGAGACUGGCAGCCAUGGCUACACAGCAAACGAUAGACAAUAGACCACCCAGCAUGGGAGAGUCUGUAUUUGCUGCAGACAUGUUAAGCCCUUUUAAUACCCUAAACGGAACACUCCCCUCACCGACAUUAAAUUCCAGCCAGAGAAGCCCUUCCUUGAGCCUUGGCCAAAAUGCACCCACCAGUUCCCCUCGUCCCUCCUCUCACACCCCUAAAGAAAAGCGUCCGUUUGACAGGCACAGCAGCCGGCCCCCGCAGAACUGCAGCAGCUUGCUUCUGCUCCUCCUCAACAACCACAACUCUCAAAAGCAUCUUACUAAGAACGGCCACCUGGAAGAUGACUUCACCGCUCCUCUUAGCCAAGCCUCCUCUCAUCAGUCUGACAGCGAGUACUCCAACCCAGAAAACAGCUUGACCAAAGACAGUAGUGACGCAGAGAGCUGCUACUCCAGCUGCUCCCCUAUUGACCUCUCUAUGAGGAGCAGAGUUUCCAGCCAAAAGUCAGAGCCCCCCUCCUCGGCGGCGUCUUUAGACAAGCUCACAGAGACGCUUCUAAGCAAAUGGAAGUCAGAGACUCCUGGAGCAAAGGUCCCUGAAGCUGGGGAGUUGGAAAUGAGCCCAGACAUGACAUCUCAUCAUAAGGUUACUCUCAUGCAGUUGCUGUUGGAUCGCAGAAAUAAUGAGAUGGUAAACAAAAUUGCACCUCAUUCUGAUUUGCAGGACGAUGCCACACUUCGAAACAUGACUGGAAGCCCACUUAAACGGCUUGGAACACUGGAGGAGAGCAGAACACAGAUCCCUUUUGACCAGCUGAUGGGAGGAUGUGGGCAGACCUCUGCCCUCAGCGGAGAUACGAGCAAGACUCCUUCUCCUUACUCUUAUUCUUCACCCCUUGUUCAGUCCAGUCCUCUGGACUUGUGCAAAUCUAAGCAGCACACCAGUGAAAAGGUGGUGGAACCUGCUUUCACGGCCAGUAAGCUAUUACAAAAUCUGGCUCAGUGUGGUUUGCAGAAUGUGUCCCCCUCACCCCCUCUGCAAGCCUGUAGGCCACCAAGCAAAAGGCAAAGCCCGGAGCCUGAGCUAGACAGAUCUCCGACUAUUCUGGACAGGGUUACUGCUCCAAUAAAAAGGACCCAAACCCCUUUAUUUGAACCACCCCUGGCCACUUUCUCACCCUUUUCCGGACAAGAGCGCUCACCUCCGGCAUCGACACAAAUUGAAAACCUCUUGGAGAGACGGACUGUACUGCAGCUGUUGCUUGGCACUGCUUCCCACAAGGAGAAAUCCACUGGGAAGAGAAAUGCAGAGGUGGCUAUGGGAGUCCACGAAAAGCCUCCAGGGGCUUCUUUUCAAUGUGACAGCUCAAACGGACCUUCAUUUAACGUCAUUGUCAAAACAGAGCCAAAAGACGAGAGUCUUCUUUCAGACAGCUCUGACGAUGCCGGACGUCAUUGGAAAUUGGGGCGUGAAAGUCACAGCCCUGUCGUCGAAGCACAGAGCAAUGUUAAAGAGGAAGCUAAAUAUGGACUUCUCAGUCAGCUCUUGAAACAGAAAACAACUACCUAUCAUUCAAGUCCACGCACAGAGCAGAUUGUGAGCACAUUGAAAGAGGAGCAACAGGAUUAUCAGGUGCCUCUUCCUAAAAAGAGGAAACUUUGCUUGGAGUUGGCUGAACACCUCAGUAAAGAACUUUGCCAGAGACCAUUGGAUACUGUGAGUGAGCGUCUGGUGUCUGGAACACCUGAGGCCCACAAUAGCAGAAGGCUGCCAAGCCCGAAAGAAGAGGACUUGUUUGUCAAGAGUCCUGUGAGUAAAGCUCCCAUGAGAGACAGCCAAAGCUUCAACGUUUUGAAGCAGCUCCUUUUGUCAGACAACUGUCUGAAGGAGAUGUCUCAGCCCCAGGGGAUCCCUAGUCCUUUUCUCCCUCAGGCAAACUGCAAAGCCAACGGGAACUUCACUCAAUCCAGUUACAAUCAUGAACUUGUGAACUUUCCAUGGUUUCCCCAGACUCUUAACUCAGGGCCUGGCCAUUUUAACCCACUUUUCUCCUCACCAAGAAACAGCAUCCAGGGAUCCUCUUGGGAUAAGGGCUGCUCCUCCCCCAGACCUAGUCCCAAGUCUGUGAAGAAAGAAACUGAAAGCUCACCAAGGUGGACACUUGCUGCUGGGGAGGAUAAAUGUGAAUCCAGCCCUGAUUCUCCACCUCUAAUGAAGUCUAAUCCAAUACUGUACUAUAUGCUCCAGAGGAGGAACAGCCAGCUCAGAAAAGAGGUGGAAGAUCACGCGCAGAGGACGCACUGUGGGGUUACAGUCAAAGUAGAGCCAUGUGCUGAUGAUCGGUACUACGACACCAGACUAAGAACGAUUUCUCCAGUUCAGAUACAGCGACAAGGCAACGGAGGUGAACACCUGAGCGGGCUGUUAGAAAAACCGUAGAUCCGAACUGCCAAAGAAUGAGAGUGACUGACUCGUUUCGAGAAAUGAGUGAGAGGGUUUUUUUUCUUUGUGUUUUGUAACAAAGAGCAAACUAUGUAUCGCUGACCACUUUUUGUUUCACUUUGCCAUAAUAACGGCGAUAUUACACAUUACAGACCGAGUGUGUUACGUUUACGCAAUUUGACGUAUCUCAUUUCUUUUCAAUGCAUACGUCAUUUUUCAGAAGUUUGUACAGGUCCGAUUCCAGUCUGAUUAUCAUUUUUUCCUUUUUACAUUUAUUAAAAAAGAACAUCCUAGUUCAAAAUACACACACAAUAUUUGAUGACUCCAAAAAUGUUACUGCUACAUAAGAUUUUAUAUUUAUUUCCGCAGAUGUUCCUAUUUUCUGAAGCACAAUGUUAUAUUAGAGGCAUGUGUGCCAUCCGAGCAUCAGGUCUUAAACAAUAAAGGAUAAACAACAAAAACAAAUUGAACUUUAUGAACGAUCAGGUACAUCUCUUGUUGUUCUACCUGAAUGAUUGAUUUGUGCCAUGAACUCUAUCGCAGUAGGAAUGACGGUGACACUCUCUCACAAACGCUCGUUGAAUUGAUUUACAAUGCUUUAAUUUUUACAUGAGGAAUGAAUCUAUAGCUGUUCUUGGGUGUUUAGCAUGAAUAAAGAAAACUUGUAUUUUUUAUCUGUCAAAAUAUCUUUUUACGGUUUUGUAUCGUUCAUUAUUUUGUACUUUAUAUACACGUAUAUAUGUAGCAGUUCAUAGACUUGCAGUGUCAAACAUGAAAUUUUCCCCUCCCCCAAAGAUGACUAUGAACUGAGAGAUUUCUGUUUCACAUUUUAUAUAUGUAUAUGAAAACGUAAAUAAAUCAUAGAAGGAUAGCAUGUGAAGCUGAGAGUCUACUGUGAAAAAAAAAAAAGUUUGAUCCAUCCCAUCGUCCAGUUAAAUAUGAACUAAAAAAAUAUCGUCAUACAACCUAUUUUAUUCCUUCCUUUGUAUGUAGAUGCAUUUGGAUUUGAUAAAUUUGUGUAAAUACUGCUUUCAUGAUGAAAUAUUACUAUUUUGUAUUGUUGGAAAAAAGCCCUAGUUUUUAAUCGUCUUGGAUUGUAAAUAUAAUAUCUGUCUAAUAAUGUACAUACGAUUACAGAAAAUGAGUUUUGUUGUUUUUUUUUUCUUUUUUUGCAUGUCUCUAUGUUGUGAGCUAACGAUAAUCUUUCGAUCUUUGUUCUGCAAGCCGUCGUGUUCUGUCUGAUCUCUACACCGCUGCCUGUUGCAUGCACAUGCAUGGGAAGCACCUGCGUAUCAGUACCUAGAAUGGGAAAUGUCAAGUCUUAAAUAAUUUUUUUUUUUUUUAAAUCACAAAUAGAUGGUUAUUUAAAGCAUCGAAUUUGACGAGACAAGCAUCCAGUGGUUUGUAUUUUUUUCCCCCCUUCGUGUGAAUUCCUGUUCUGUUACUCUUUAAAACAUUUCUCUAAGUUGGAUUGAUGACGUCAUGCCGUGCAUUCAUGAAAUGCAUCUGUAGCAAAAAAAAAAUCCGUUUCGUUUAUGAUACUCUUGUGACAACCAUGAUGUUUUACUUUUUUUUUUUUUUUUUAUUUCUGGUGUUUAUUUGCACUGAUCUA